UCCCUAUUCUCUCCUUUCCGUUGUCAACUGCAGAAGUCCAACCAAAAACUCCUACAACUCUACGGAGGAUUUGGUUUCUGAUUUCUAGUGAAAGGGAAGAGAAAAGAAGAUGUAGUUGCGGCCCUCAAUCCCGCUGGCGACAAAGAUGGCUAGAGAACUGAGGAGAUGGCGCUUGGAUUUCUGGUUUUGGAAGUUGACAGAUCUAGGGGAGGUUCUUCUAAUCCAUCUUUCCCGACUCUAUCCUCUAUUCCCAAUUAAGUUGUGGACGUGGAUUUUAGGGAUUUAGAUUGAGGGAUUUACCAACUAGUUUGUCCAAUAUUCCCUCAAGGCGUGCAGGACGAGGAGC